CACACUCUCAACUUCUCUAACUCACCAACAAUGAAGAUGCUGGUCACUCUGAUGCUCGUCUACAUGCUUUUUUCAGAAGCUUUACAGGGUUCUGCAGCUCUGAGGUGUUACGAGUGUGACGGGCCAACAUGUUAUCAUAGACCUGUGGUGUGUUCUAGAUAUAAAGAUCGCUGCAUCUACGUUGGAACGAUGGGUUCACCAUAUACAGUGAAAGGAUGUGCAACCAAGGAUGACUGUGAUCAAGCAGGGAGAACGGCAACAUGCUGUGACACUGAUCUGUGUAACAAAGAUUUACAGCCUCCUACAGCUCUGAAGUGUUACAAGUGUUUGGGGAUGAAUUGUGAUCGUAAACCUGUGGAGUGUCCAAUGUAUGCAGAUCGCUGCUUUUCUGCAACCUUGGACUAUAUGGGCAGGCAACAUAUGCUACAAGGAUGUUCAACCAAGGCUAAGUGUUACGAAGAUAGAGAACAGGCAACGUGCUGUGACACUGAUCUGUGUAACAGUGAUAAAAAUUUACUGGCUCCUACAGCUCUGAAGUGUUACAAGUGUGAGGGACUGAUAUGUGCUCAUCAACCUGUCACUUGUCCUUCACCUGAAGGUCGAUGCUUUACCAAAACCACAACAAAAUAUAUGGUACUGGCUCAUACUGAAAAGGGAUGUUCAACCAAGACUGAGUGCGAUAAAACAGGCAGUGUGUGCUGUGACCAUGAUCUGUGUAACAGUGCUGAGGGGGUUAAGCUGAGUCUCCUCAUCAUGCUGGUUCCUCUGAUCUCGUCCAUCCUCUUCAUCUGAACUCUCUGCUGCUUCUCUCUCAGUGAUUCAUCUCUUAUUGGAGUAACAGAAAUAUUGUAAAUAUACUGUCUGGAAACAAUUACAUAAUCUUCCUACAUUUAAUGUCUCAGCUUUACUUUCAGAUAAUAUGUGAUAAAUGUUAUAGAUUAGAAUAGAUUGUACUGUAACUUCUGUAACUUUUGCAUAUCAAUAAAAAACAUGAAGACCAA